UGCGACAAUGUAUUCUUGACAAAGACAUCUGAGCUGGAUGUAUUGGUCGGCACACGCCGCCAUUUCAAAGCAUUUUAAUCGAGAGGGUAAAUAUUUUUUCUUUUAUAUAAUGUUUAUAACCUCAUAAGUUUUAUAGAACAGGCAAAUUUGCAACGGUUUUGUCAUUUUUUAAACGCUGUCCCCUCUGCACCCCAAGUGGGACCAUUUUAUAUUUUGGCGAAGUGUGAUCUCGUGUUGAGAGCUUCUCAGCUGUGCGCCCCACUCCUUGAGGUCCUUUCUCAUUCCAAACGGUCUGCUGAGGGCUGGCAAGUAUAGCAGUCCUUGCAUACAUUUACACCGGUGUCACUCGCUAUAAAACAUUUAGUAAAGCACAGUUAGUCAGACCUAAGGCAUCUACGCCACUGUGUACAUGUGCAUUUGUGUACCGAUGGACGUGGAAAUAGAACAAGUGAAGGAGCAAACAGACAUCCCAGCUGCUCCCACAGAGAAAACUGCACAUGAGACGAAAAACAGAGACCGCGGGGUGAAAGGUCGUGGACGUGGUGGCCGAAUGGGCCGCGGUGGGCGUGGCAUGAUGAAGGCGUUUGGACUCCAUGGGCGGGGCAGGGGUCGAGGACACGAGGGUUUGAUGAAUGGAUUUGGGCCCAUGAGAAGGGGGAUGGGAAGGAUGCGGCCGUAUACAGACUUCAGAGGCAGGGGGGGUAUGAGAGGGGGCCCAAGAGGUCUGGGUCCCCCGCCCCCUCCCCCCCCUCCAUUACACCUGAGACCUUAUCACCCCAUGCUCAGACAUGGUCCCCCUCCUCACCCGCUUCAUGGACCCCCUUGUUUUCGCGGUCGGCCGCCUCCACCUCGAGGCCACAGUGGUCCCCCAGGCCCCCCCCGACACUUCCACCCACGAGGCUACCACAAUGGACCCGCCCCUCCACCACCUCACCCCCCGCCCGGCAGGGGUCAGCGGUGGGCAGGCCCACCGAGGGGCCGACGUUUUUAAAACGCGACUCUGGUUUAAACUGAGCGCUUUUCCUUAACACUGGGCGCCGGUCAAACAAACAAACAAAGACAGCCCAUGUUUCGGACUGGAUAGCUGCCAAAAUUUUCCACGUUCCACGUCCCGAAAGAAACCGUUUGCUCCGGAGAGGUUUGCUUUGUUUUGAGAAAGCUCCCUUGAGAAUCAGCAAAUUGGCGAGAAAGUAUGAAGUAUUUUUUUUUUAUGUGAAAACAUUAUUUAAACCAGAAAAUGACUUUCCUGGAAAGGAUGAAGAAAUAUAGCCCUUUAAAUGUUGUUCAGUCCAGUUUGUGGUUAUCCUGUGAGCCUUAAAAUAUGUCGUUUAUAACCCAUACGAUUUUAAGCAGUAAGAAAAUGUAAGAAAUGAAAGGAUAGCAUUUGUAUCUGCUCUCUCAGUCCUAUGGCAGUAUUCCUGGAUUCCUUGGGCCUCCUUAACUUUCCUCUGGUGACAGUGCAUGGAUGUACUUUUUCAACUUCACAAGGCAACACAUUAGCACCAUAGUCACAACAGAAGCUCUUAUACGCUUCUACAACAAGUGAAACCAUACUCUGUGAAGUAUUCUUGAUCCAAUGGAAGUGAUCUUUUCUAUCAUUAAUGUGCAGCUACCUUUAAGUUAUUUGAAUAUUGCUGUAUGAAACCAUUCAUGUUUGUGUUCAGCAACCCAAACUGUGGAGUGAGUUAAUAUAUAAGAAAUAUUAUUAAGUAUAAAUAAAUAUAAUAGUGAAAUACCAUGAAAUGCCGAAACAGUGCAUAUAUGCAUUUGUACUUUAAGGCAAAUCAAAGGACUGAAUUGCUUUAAAAUAGUGUAAAGUAUGUGUUCAGUAUUGAAAUGUUAUAAUACCUUCACUUGUGGAUUUGUGAAUGUACGCUUGGUAAACGGACAACAGAUUUGACCUAGUCGUGAAAAAAAUAAAGUUAAAAUAACCUGAACUCUUCUUUUUUACUGUUUAUUCAAAGCCAGCAUAAGAAUGUCCGUUCUUUGUCCUUUGGACAUCUAACUCACACCAAGUACAAGUCACUAAGGAAACAGUGACCACAAUUUGAAAGCUAUGUCAAUGAAUGUACAUAUUGCACUUAGUGUAUUUCAUUUGAAUAUUAUAGAUAAUAAUAUUGAAAUAUUGUAUUUUCCACUCCUUAUAGAGAUGAUCUGUCAUUAGAUAUAAUGUUCUACAACAUAUGAGGUUAAGCCUCAUUUGUAAGUGAAGUUGGAGGACCAAGAACCCAUUAGGAAUAUGAAACAUUUGAUUUCAAAAUUCACAGACCUACAUAUAUUUGUGAAAAGAAAGAUUACUUGGGCUGAGACAAGAGAUUUAACAAGAAGAGGGCUGUGACAUAUUAGAAUAAAAUUGAUAUUUGUGAUAUAUUAAUGUCUGCAUUAAUCAAUUACUCUAUAAAAGCUCAAGGAUUGUGAUUCACAGUUACAGUUAAAAUUGACAAGAAAGUUCUAGAUACAGAACUGCAACUGUGUGCUGGACUUUCAUAGCAUUCUAAGGGAGAUCUUUCAUCCAGAGUCAAUCUCACUGUUUAAUGUGAAUAAUCAUCACAAUACUUUAAGAUGUGAUCCGCUCUGCUCAUGGUGUUUUUUUUUUUUUUUUUUUUUUUAAAAACACAUCUGAAUUCAGUCCUGUGCAUGGAAAUGCACGCAAAGGUGCAAUGCCUCUGAUGAGGAGGAAGGAGUUUUUUUCUUGUCCAAGCACUAAGAAUGAUCUCAUGUGGAGGUGGAAUUAUUAGAAGGAUGCAAGCAGUACAUUAGCCACUAAAAACUUUGGCAACUAUUUAUAAUCAUACAGGCCUUGUGUAUUUUAAUGUUUUACAUUUAAGUGUUACAGUAUAUACUUGUGAAAUGUAAACAUACAGCAUAUUUAUUGGUCUUUGGAGUUGAUAUGUCAUCAUAUGGCCUAAGAAAACUCUGUUAAACACCUCACAAUAUGAUAAGACUUGUAUUAUGGAAUAUACCAGUAGUAUGGCACAUUUGUGUUUCAGUCCAUGUAUUCUAAUCUACUGACAGGAGCGGCAUACACCAAAUAUGUGCCUCAAGACUAUGACUUCAAUGCAAAAGUAAUAACAAGAAAUAAUAUUUAAUCUAACUGUAAUAUACUGUACUGAAAAAAAGCAAGCCAAAGCGCCCCUUGGACAAGACUUUUCCAAUUGUCUCGUAACAGGUGUUGCACCUUUUUGUAUAAGAUCUUCAGCCUCUUCUGUUAUCUUCCCUCCUCUGCAACUGAAUGCUUCUCUUCUCUGCUGUUGGCUGUGCUGCUGCCUCUAACAGUGAUGACAGACUGAUUGUUAUUGUCUCCUGAAGGGGCGCACUUAGUCACCCUUUCCAAGGCGGUGCGAUGCGGAAGCAGGCCUUCCUCUCUCUCUCCCCUCCUCCUCUUCUUCCACGUCCCCUUCCCAGGGACGUGCAACUGUGGUCACUCGUCCACUAACACUGUCCAGGUGAGAAACAAACCUCAGCUCUUCAGCAAGUUUAAUCCCCAGAGCGUGAGUUUCUUUGUUUUGCAGGCUUGGUGUAUCUGUAUACUCAUAAACAGUAUAGGGGCUAACUAGUGAAAUGUAAAUGAAACUUAAUCUGAUUCACCCCAUCUUCUUACUGCCUCCAGCUAUUUUUAUUUAUCCUCAUAAGCAAUGAUAAAGAGAUAUUUGCAAAAGUGUCAUAUAUCUCAUAAGAAACUGCAAUAAGGGAAAAGGAUGAGUUAUUACAUCCUGCUUGUAGAUUUAGUGUGAAUUGUGUGAGAGCUCUGCUCCGUGUGAGUCAUCAAAAAUGACUCACUCAUAGCACUGCAUAUAGUGCAUGCAUGAGUUCAUAUGCAGCCAGAGGGCUCAGGCAGCAGGAAGCCUUUCCAGAUGAGCUGAAAUCAGAGAGCAGAAGAUGCCAAAAGGACAGUAUUUUUGGGAAAGUCGUAUAAAUGGAGACUCGGGUUUGUUUAGUGAUUUUCAUAUAAAUUAGAGGCACUACUUUGUAUUUUGU